UAUACUGUAAACAUUGUCCAAUCCAAACAUUUCGGAAACAGACGAAUGGUGGCGGAGGCAAGAUAUGGAGUAAUGGUGUGGCUGAGAAUGGUCGGGUAUUGAAUAUGAAGAUGUGACAUGUCAUAGUGAAGUUGUUUGGCCAUGUUAGUGCACUUUUCAGCCAAUAGUGAAUAAGUGUGUACAGACAACUGUGAAUGGUGUAUGUAAGGACGAAAACUUUAUGUGCAAAAGUAUUUUGUCAAAUAAUGCCCUUAGUUUUGGGCAUGUACUUUGACUAAAAUAAAAAAAUCAAAUAAAUACAUUUUCGAAUUUCGUUAAGAAAUGAUAUGGCUUCUUUAGAAAUAUAUCAGAAAAUUCCAGAGAAAUGUACUUUAAAAUAUGCAGCUGUCGGUGCUAAAAUUAAUGGCAUUCACACAGACAUUAUUAUUAAUGAAUACAGUAAUAGGUUCUUCAUAAUUUUAACUCAGUACAAGAAAUUGGGUUCAUUAAUAUCGGUGUACAAGGAAACUCAAAGAGACAGCAGUGGAAAGGACGAAGUAUUUCAAGUCAAAACCAUUCAAGGAAAAGAAGAACCUGAUUGGGAACUUGCUGCACGAUUCUUGACAGAGCAAACUAAUAUCAACAAACCUGUUCUGUAUUCUAUUUGCUUACAAGAGUGCUCAUUAAAGACUCUUAAAGCUUUGAAAGAUAUUGUAAUAAAAAACAAGUUGUGGUGAAUGCAAGUCAAUAGUACAAUAACCUAUAUUCUGUUAUAUUUGUUUAGUAAAGAGUUAAUGCAAUGUUUGCACAAGUUGUAAUAGGUCCUCCAGGAAGUGGAAAGACUACGUAUUGUUAUACUUUAAUGAAAUUCCUAACUGAACUUGGUAGGAAAGUGGCUGUUAUAAAUUUGGAUCCUGCAAAUGAUUUCAUGCGGUAUGAACCAGCUGUAAAUAUUUCAAAAUUAAUAACAUUAGAAGAUGUUAUGACUAACCUUAACUUGGGUCCAAAUGGUGGCUUAAUGUAUUGUAUGGAGUUUCUAGAAAAAAAUUUCAGUUGGCUUUUGGAAGAAAUAAGGCGAUACAAAGGAUAUUACUUUAUAUUUGAUUGUCCUGGCCAGGUUGAGUUAUAUACCCAUCAUGACUCAAUGAAAAAUAUAUUAGCCAAAUUGGAAGCUGAUGGAUUUCAUUUAUGUGCAGUUCAUCUUGUCGAUUCACACUACUGCAGUGAUGCUGGUAAAUUUAUUUCAACUCUGUUGAUGUCUUUAUCAGCAAUGCUGCAACUGGGUCUUCCCCAUGUAAAUGUGUUAUCAAAAGUAGACCUCGUUAAAAAGUUUGGAGACAAGAUGCAAUUUGGUUUAGACUUCUACACUGAAGUUCUUGACCUUAAUUACUUAGUUGAAUGUCUUAACGAAGACCCAUUCACUAAAAAAUAUGGCAAGUUGAAUUCAGCUUUGGUGUCACUAAUAGAAGAUUACAGCUUAGUUUCAUUUAUGCCUUUAAAUAUCAAGGAUCGGGAGAGUGUGUUAAGAGUGAAGAAUGCUGUAGAUAAAGCUAACGGAUACAUCUACGGUGCAAGUGAACAACGCAGUGUCCACAGUCUUUUAGCAUGUGCUGUGGGAGCAGAGAAUGAACAUGAAAGAAUUGGGGCAGAUAGAGAUUCAUAUUCGUAACAUGAAUUGUGUUUUUAUUUUGAAAUUCAGAACCAUUGUGUGGAGCGACUUGGCUUAUAUAAAAAGCUGAAAGUGAUUCUUAGUGAUAGUCUUGAUUGAAACAUGCAGUGCACCUCCAUUAAUAAAUACUGUGAAUCCAAAAUGAUUUGUACUUAUGAACGAAACACUGUAGUUUUGACAGAAAUUGAAAGAUCUAAAUAACGGCCAAAAUGGGGAAACUCGUGCACUAUUGCACAAUUGAGGAUAAGUAAAGUCUUUUUUAAAUAAAUUCUAUGUUUUGUAUGAUUGUUGAUGAGCAAUGAUACUUUGUAUGUCAUCAUCAAUUCUCUUCAAUGAUGUGCUGAGAUGUGAAAGAGUGCAAGUAACAGAAAGUUACUUUCUAGAAAAGUGAGAUUAAAAUUUAGAUUAGAUAAUUAAUUCUCUUAGGAUGUUUGGGCCCUCCAUCUUCAUUUUCAUGUGAAAUGAAUGUACAAAAAAUGUUUGUCUAGUUAGAUUUAACUCUUUGAGUAACUUUUUUUGGUGUUUGUUAACUUGUGUAAAAAACUUGAUUUUGUUUACGACUUGUUUUAUGUACUGAAAAUUAUCUCGAUCAAUAGAGAUUUCCCUGAAAUCAGUAUUUUCUCCUUUAUCAUCAUCAACUCAUCAACUGUGUGAUCUGCAGCAAACAAAAUAUGGAAACUAUAUUUUGUGAAUAUGGCAUGAACUAUCAUCAUAUAUUAAAAUAUAAUUAUUACUCUCUGUGUUUUAAAAGUUUUUAAAUGAACACAACUAAAUAAUUCUUCAAUUCUCACCUUAGAGGUUAUGAAUGCUAUCUUUUACAGAUGCAAUAGUUAUUGUUUUCACAAUUUGGUAUAAAAAUAAUACAGUGAAACUCCGUUUAUACGUUUCACACUUAUACGUCUUUUUCAUUUAUACGUUUUUGUUGGAAGGUCUCGGAUAAAUUCCUAUAAUUUCCGUGGCAAAUUAUUUCAUUUAUGCGUUUUUCGCGCCUAUACGUUAUUUACAAAAGUCCCCAUGGAACCGUAUACCGUUUAAAUUAUCCCGGUGUGUCGCGGGGCGACCUGCGACGACAGCUCGAAACUUGCAUUAAGGUUGGCUCCCGCGGAGCGACCUCUCGCUUGGCCUCUGAGCGGCCAAGACCGCGCGAGUCCGCGAGGUGGUAGAGCAAAGUCGGCUCCCUGGCCACCUCCGGCAGCGGAACUUGUCCAAUAAGUGAAGUUUGUGCAUUGACUGUUCAAAGGCUCCCAUUUGCUCGCUGUAAUUACCUUACGAUAUCCUUCAGUUAGCGCCAUGGCGCAAGCAGCUAAUGAAAUUGAUCACUUUUCCGCGCGGCGCAGAGGCUGUCGCCAGGCUGUGGCAGUCGUGCUCUUCCUGUCGCUCGACGAACACUGCGGAACCUCAAGUAACUUCAAUCUUGAAACCGAAGCAACUAGCUGCGUGUCACCGCCGCUAGU